AUGCAGGUGUACUCCGAGCUCACGGCUCCCUCAGCCGUCACCCAUUCCCUGAGCCUCUCUCUCACCUCGGCCACGUCCAACGACCUUGUCGUCGCCAAAGGCUCGCUGCUCCAAAUCUUCACCACAAAGUCCAUUUCCGCCGAGCUCGAUCCCCAGAACCAUCACCAGGAGGAAGCGUCGAAUGCCGAGGCAAAGUUCGACGGCCGCGCCAACGACGACGAUGGCCUCGAAUCCUCCUUUCUCGGCGGCGAGGCCCUCCUCGUCCGAACCGACCGCUCCUCCAACACGAAGCUCGUCCUCGUCGCCGAGAUGCCGCUCGCCGGCACCGUCAUUGGCCUCGCCAGGAUCAAGGUGGCCAGCACCGCCUCGGGCGGCGACGCCUUGCUUCUCGCCUACAAGGCCGCCAAGAUGUCCUUGACCGAGUGGGACCCGCAGCGGAGGACGCUCGAGACGACGUCGAUACACUACUACGAAAAGGACGAGCUGUCCGGUGCCCCCUGGGAGCUUUCCUUUGGGGAGUACGUCAACUUCCUCGAGGUCGACCCCGGAAGCAGGUGCGCCGCCUUCAAGUUCGGCACCCGAAAUCUGGCCAUCCUGCCCUUUGCCCAGGCCGAGGAAGACCUGGACCUCGACGUUUGGGACGAGGACCUCGACGGGCCGCGACCGGCCAAGGAGCUGUCGCCGGCCGUCAAGGUGGAUGCCGAGAAGCAGUACACGCCCUCCUUCGUCCUGCGUCUGCCCCUUCUCGACCCGACCCUGCUCCACCCCGUCCACCUCGCCUUCCUGCACGAGUAUCGCGAGCCGACGUUUGGCAUACUGUCCUCGAGCCAGCCUACGUCCGCCGCCAUCGGUUCCAAGGAUCAUCUCUCGUACAAGGUCUUUACCCUGGACCUGAAGCAGAGAGCCUCCACCACCAUCUUGUCCGUCACGGGACUCCCUCAGGACCUGUUCAAGGUCGUCCCUCUUCCCGCGCCCAUGGGUGGUGCUCUGCUCGUCGGGCAGAAUGAGCUGAUUCACAUCGAUCAAUCUGGCAAGUCAAACGGCGUGGCCGUCAACGACAUAGCCAAGCAGAUAACCUCCUUCAGCCUCGUCGACCAGUCCGAUCUCAAGCUGCGCCUCGAGGGCUGCGCCGUGGAGCCUCUCGCCCUCGACGCCGGCGAACUGCUGCUGGUCACGAAUGAUGGUCGGCUCGGCAUCGUGUGCUUUCGCAUCGACGGCCGCACCGUUUCCGGCAUCAGCGUCAAGCUCGUGGCCCCCGAGAACGGCGCCGGCCUUGUGAAGGGUUCUGUCUCGACCAUCGCCCGCCUCGACAAGAAUUCCUUCUUCUUGGGAAGCGAGACCGCCGAUUCCAUCGUCCUCGGCUGGACUAGGAGGCAGGGUCAGGAGAAGCGGAGGAAAUCGAGGCUGCUCGAUGCGGAGUUGGGCCUCGACAUCGACGAUCUGGACAUUGACGAGGAGGACGACGACGAUCUGUACGGCAACGACACCGAGGCUGCGAGGCCGUCGCAGACGAACGGAUCGACGAGAUUGGGCGACGUGGCCUUUCGCCUUUCGGACACCCUCCUCAGCGUAGCCCCCAUCAUUGAUUUUACCAGCGGAAGCCCCGUGCUCCUCCCGGGCAGCGAGGAAGCGACACUGUCCGGGGGGGUGGCGGCCGACCUGCAGCUCGUCUGCGCCGUCGGCCGAGGCAAGGCAGGCUCCAUCGCCGUUCUCAACCGCCAGAUUCAACCAAAAGUCAUCGGGCGCUUUGAAUUUCCCGAGGCUCGUGGCUUCUGGGCUCUGUCUGUGAAGAAACCGAUGCCUAAGUCCUUGGGAGCGCAUCCCCCGGCGGGCGAAGAAUACGACGGACCGGCACAGUACGACAAAUACAUGAUUGUGGCCAAAGUUGACCUGGACGGCUAUGAAACGUCGGAUGUCUAUGCCCUUACGGCGGCGGGGUUCGAGACGUUGAAGGACACUGAAUUCGAGCCUGCCGCCGGCUUCACAGUCGAAGCCGGUACGAUGGGCAGGCAGAUGAGGAUCAUUCAGGUUCUCAAGUCGGAGAUUCGAUGCUAUGACGGCGACCUCGGGCUUGCUCAAAUCCUCCCCAUGUUGGACGAGGAGACCGGCGCGGAGCCGAGGGCGACGAGCGCGAGCAUCGUGGAUCCUUACCUCUUGCUGACGCGCGACGACGGCAGCGUCUUCAUCGCGCAAAUCGACAGCAGCAAUGAGCUGGAAGAGGUGGAAAAGCCCGAGGGGCCGUUGCAGUCCACCAAAUGGGUGGCAGGCUGCCUGUACGACGACACGGCCGGAUCGUUCCGACCGUCCAUCUGCGACAAGGGCGUAGCAGGGGCAGGCGCCAUCAUGAUGUUCUUGCUCAACGCCUCCGGCGCCUUGCAUAUUUAUUCGUUGCCGGACCUGUCCCGGCCUGUCUUCGUCGCCGAGUGCCUUACCUCGAUCCCGCCCAUUCUCUCUCCGGAUUUUACGGCGAGGAGAGGUGCUAGCCGUGAGAGCGUCUCGGAGAUACUGGUGGCCGACUUGGGUGAUGCCGUGUCAAAGGCACCGCACCUGAUUGUUCGCCACUCCACCGAUGACUUAACGAUAUACGAGCCAGUCAGAUAUCCAUCAGACGGCCAAGAGCCAGCCCUUUCCAACUCGCUGCUGUUCAAGAAAUCAGCCAACGCAACCUUGGCACAGGGUCCGGAGGAUACCUCGCAGGAUGAGCAUGCGGAACCGCCCCGGUUCGUACCUCUGCGGUCGUGCACAAACGUCGGCGGAUACAGCACCGUCUUCCUCUCCGGUCCGUCGCCGAGCUUCGUGCUGAAGAGCAGCAAGAGCCUGCCCCGGGUCGUCCGACUGCAGGGGCAGGGCGUGCGCGGGAUGAGCCCCUUCCACACGGAAGGCUGCGAUAGGGGCUUCAUCUACGCCGACUCGGCGGGCGUGGCAAGGGUGACGCAGCUGCCGGGCGCGACGAACCUCGCGGAGCUCGGCAUCUCGGUCAAGAAGAUUCCGUUGGAGGCCGACAUUCGCAACAUCGCCUACCACCAUCCGACGGGCACCUACGUCGCCGCCUGCACGGUGCGGGAACCGAUGGAGCUGCCGCGGGACGACGACUACCACAAGGAGUGGGCCAAGGAGACGAUCAGCUUCCCGCCGACGGCGGCCCGCGGCGUCCUCAAGCUCAUCAAUCCGGUGUCGUGGACGGUUAUUCACAGCCUCGAGCUCGAGCCGUGCGAGUCGAUCGAGAGCAUGAAGUCGCUCAACCUCGAGGUGUCGGAGGAGACCAAGGAGCGGCGGAUGCUUGUCGCCGUCGGAACGGCGCUCUCCAAGGGCGAGGACCUGCCGACGCGAGGUCGCGUGCAAGUGUUUGACAUCGUCACCGUCAUUCCCGAGCCCGGGCGGCCGGAGACCAACCGGCGGCUGAAGCUCAUCGCCAAGGAGGAGAUUCCCCGAGGGGGCGUGACGUCAAUCGCCGAGAUCGGCACCCAGGGUCUCAUGCUCGUAGCUCAGGGCCAAAAGUGCAUGGUCCGCGGUCUCAAGGAGGACGGGUCGCUGCUGCCAGUGGCCUUCCUCGACCUCAACUGCCACGUCGCGAGCGCGCGGGAGCUGCCCGGGACCGGCCUCUGCCUCAUCGCCGACUCCUUCAAGGGCCUGUGGUUCGCCGGGUACACGGAGGAGCCGUACACGUUCAAGGUGCUCGGCAAGAGCGGCGGCAAGCUGGCGCUCCUCGUGGCCGAUUUCCUGCCCGACGGCGAGGACCUGUCGAUGGUGGCGGUGGAUGCGGACGGGGACAUGCACAUUCUCGAGUUCAACCCCGAUCAUCCCAAGAGCCUUCAGGGGCACCUCCUCCUGCACCGUACCUCCUUUUCCGUCACACCCAACGCGCCGACGUCGAUGGCGCUCCUCCCGCGGACGCUCCCGGCGAACCAUGCGCAGAGGGCGCACCACAAUCAGCAAUCGUCGGCGGCGGAGCCGCACAUGCUCCUCCUCGGUUCCCCGUCGGGCCAGUUUGCGGCGCUCACGCCGGUGCCGGAGUCGACGUACCGCCGGCUCCUGUCAGUCACGAACCAGCUCCUCCCGGCGCUCGCGCCUCACGGCGGGCUGCAGGCGAAGGCACACCGGAUGGCGGACUCGAACGCGCGCAACGCGUCCAUCGGCGUCGAGACGGCGGCGUCGUCGGGCAGGGCCGUCGUCGACGGUGCCGUGCUCGCGCGGUGGAACGAGCUGGGCGCGGCCAAGAGGAGCGAGGUGGCGAGCAAGGGGGGAUACGAGAGCGCGGUCGACCUGCGGGCAGACUUGGAGAUGGUGUUGGGUUGGAACGGCAUGGCGUACUACUGA